UAAUUCGCGUUAUCUCUUCGUCCUCGCGAUAACCCAUCGCAAUUUUCCAUCGAAAAAUAACCCUCAACAUUGGUCCAGCGAUCGAAAACGGCUCUCGACUCUCCUAGCGACCGAUAACAGGUACGUCGUGACGAAACUCUCCCCACAUGGAUCAUUAUCAUCACAUCACUGAUAAGCCGGCCCAGGUACAAAACCGACCGGUUCGCGACGUAAACUUCAUUCCUGAUUUCACGCACACACACGGUACGAGCACGGCGCUUUGCGAUAAUUUAAAAAGUGUGCGGUGUUGUGGCGAGUAGUGUUUGGGUUCGUGUCGCCGAAAUGGGUCUUCCGUGGCGUGGAUGGUUGAUCUUCGCGUGGUGGACGGCCGGGAUUUAUGGAUACAACGUGCAGCGAUUGGACGACCCUCGCCAAUCCCUCAACUUAGGCGACUUUUUCUUCAGCCCCGAAACGAACAAAUUCUUGGAUGAUCGCGACGAAAGCACGUCCGAAGAAGCCCUCUACCCCAACACUCGAAACCCGGGAACCACCCGUCCCCCAGGUGCCGGCGCCCAAAAACAAAUGUUCUUGCUAUUCGUACACAACGAUAACUACACUGGAGGGAGCCCCGACUCCACCCCCUUGGACUCGUGGUCGGUGGUGUGGUACAUCGCCUCGUUCGGCGGGUUGAUCGUGUUCUUCCUGAUAGUGUCCUGCUCCGAGUGGUGCUGCCGUCGCGCUAUCCGCAACAGCCAGCAGAACUGCAGCAGGAACGCCCCUACGACGGCGUCUCCGAGCGUACCGGACACGCCGCCUCCGUCGUACGACCAGUUCGCGCCGCCGUCGUACGAGAGCAUAUGCUUAGGGAGGAACCGCAGCGGCGAGAAGAGCGAGUACGACAUCUACGUGGUGCCGGUGCACACGCUGGGCUCGUUGGUGGAGAGUCGGCGGGAAGAUGAGCCGCCGUCGUACCUGAGCGCCUCCGGCGGAGCUCUGCCGGGAUUAGAAGACAAUCGAGCGGCGAGAGUGACGUGAAGGAAGACAAUGGGAGGAGAGUUUAUUGCUUGAUAAGAAAUCCGAGGCAAUAAAUUUUAAUGUUCCGGUUCUAGCGAGACCAAACAGAGAUUAUCUGGUGGGGCGCCGAUAUCGCACUUGUGAUAUUAAUAGUGAUAAGUUAGGGGUUAGAGCAUUCGAUUCUCAGGGUGUAGAGUUGACUCUCGGAACAGUAUUUCGGGUUUGACCAAAGAGACUUUAUAUCCGACGUGCCUUAUUUAUUGAGCUGCGGAAGACUGCUUGAAAUACGUAGGUUUAAGUAUUUUGUACCUGCUUGUGAAUUAUUUAUUUAUAUACGUACUAUCUUGUAUUCUCCUUGUGAUAUUAUGUUUGUUUUAUGUGACGCCAGUGGCGCGAACGGACCACUGGAACUUGUUGUUCUGGAGCGUAACCGAUAAUAAAGUAAAACAAUGGCCGAA